AUCAUUCCAAGCCAGGACGCCGUGCAAUAAAGUUAUGCCACAGUGAAAGAUGUCUAGUCGGUCUUUCAGAAUACCUAGAGAAGGUGCCUUCCAUCCGGUCCAACGUCGCAUUCCCGAAGCUACUCCUCUCUGUCCUCUCCAGUCUUCCGAAAUGGGUGUCAAGCAUGUACCAAUUCGUGUUGCCGAAGGUGCCGAAGUACCCGUGUUGAGUGAUACUGUUUUUAGACCAGUUUCUAAUGAACGGUUGUGCUUUUCUCCCUCAAAACUUCGCCAAGCACAUGCUCGACGGGAAUUGCGUUAUACACCAGUGGAAGGUCGAUCUAGUUCAAGUCCAAUAUCUCAUCACAAUUCUACUCCAAGUGGCAGACCUAUUUCACAAAAAAGAGCUUGGCUGGAACAUGUGUCUCCUGUCUGUGGUACUCCGGAACUUCCAUCUGAUGAACUUUCUUGGGCAGCAGCUUGUGGAGACUUGGAAACCGUGAUUAAGUUAAUUAAAGAAGGACGAAACGUGAACACCCCAAACAGCUUUGGAAGGGCACCCUUGCAGGUAAAUAAAUUACGCAAUCGGUUGGCGUUCAUUUGUUUACAAAGUACGCCACUAAAUCGCUAA